UUACCCCAGUCAGGGUGGAUAAAGAUAAACAGGGCGCUAGGGCAAGUCCACGGUGAACAUCACUAAUAUCCCAAAUCCACUUGCGACGCGUUGUCACUGAAGAAAAGAGAGAAGGCGGAAACUGCAUCGCGCCCCUCGUCACGGGGCUACAAACUGAACCAGAUCGCAUCUGUCUCCUUCUUUCCAUUCUCCUCGUCGGCGGUGCCCUAGUUCAUCCAGCCUCACUCUUCUGCCAGUUUCCGGGGACGACCAAGUGUCUGUAGAGCGUUUGGCUUUGUUGAAGGAACUAACCCUUUUCGCCUGCCCCUUGUCAUUUUUGAGUCGGUAAGUUCUGUAGGAGGGCAGUGAUCUUCUCGCCCCCCGCUGGUGAUCUGAAAGAGGGGAAGCGACGUCCUCAUUUCCUGUUGGCCGCGUAUGCGCCGGUGAUCUGAGAGUUCUGUGUCUCUCGAGCACUGGGUCUCUUCGAUCAUGGUAAGGCGCCACGGAUGGCAGCUUCCUGCUCACGCCUUUCAGAUAUGCCCAAGCUCAACAUGGCUGGUCCCAAGCCCGGAUGAGAAAGGGAGAGGGUUGCAUUAGGUUGUGGCUAUAACAGUGUUCUUUCUCCUGGUAGUUGCAUUCUAUGCAUUUUUUGCACCUUUUCUUGGCAAACCCAUCUUUGAAUAUACUGCAAUUGCUGUUUACACACCAGUGGCUGUUGUAGUGUUUGUCCUUUAUGUGCGGUGUACCCGCAUAAACCCUGCUGAUCCAGGAAUAAUGGAAAAGUUUGAGAAAGGAUUCAAAAAUCAGAAUAAUAGUAAAGCAGGGGUGCCACCUGGAUCUUUAUCUUUUGAUGGUGAUAAUGCACCUGGAGCUCAUUCUUCUCCUGCAUCAACUUGUAGGAGUUCUUUAGGGCACUCUUCCAGCAGAAAAGCUUCAGCUGUUGUUGAUAAUCCAGCUACAAAUAUGUCAUUGAGCCCACAAAAGAGAAGUACAAGAUGCUGCAUCCUUGGUGGACUUAUGUUUGCACUGUUUGUUAAAGAUGAUUGCCGCAAACUUGAAGAAACUGAGGAACAGACUGGUGGAGAAGAUGCUUUGUUUUGCACACUGUGCAAUGCUGAGGUGCGCCAAUAUAGUAAACACUGCAGGAGUUGUGACAAAUGUGUUGACAGUUUUGAUCACCAUUGUCGGUGGCUUAAUAAUUGUGUUGGGCGUAAAAAUUACAUCACAUUCAUCUCUCUCAUGGCCACGAGUCUUAUUUGGCUAGCUAUUGAAUGUGGAGUCGGCAUUGCUGUUCUUGUACUUUGCUUUGUGAACAAGGAUAGCAUGGAGAACAAUAUCAAGGAAAAGCUUGGCAAUGGGUUUUCUCGUGCUCCAUUUGCAACUGUUGUGGCUAUUUGUACUGCACUAUCAAUUGUUGCGUGCAUACCAUUGGGAGAACUUUUCUUUUUCCACAUGAUCCUGAUCAAAAAGGGAAUUACGACCUAUGAGUAUGUCGUAGCUAUGAGAGCUAUGAGUGAGGCAGCACCACCAUCUGCCGAUGAGGAAGCACCUAAUGCUCCAUAUUCUCCAACUAAUUCUGCAACAACUGGCAUAAGUCUUGGAAGUUCCCUUAGUAUUCAAUAUAAAGGUGUAUGGUGCACUCCUCCUAGGGUAUUCGUUGAUCAACAGGUUCAUACCUUACAGGAUGAGAUUAUCCCACACUUGGAACCAGGAAUGGUACCAUCAACUGUUGACCCUGAUGCAGCUGGGCAUGUGGAGAAGGCUAUCAAGUCCAAAAAGGCUGUUAAGAUUAGUGCUUGGAAGCUCGCUAAAUUGGACUCUAAUGAGGCCAUGAAAGCAGCUGCAAAAGCCAGGGCGUCUUCUUCGGUCCUGCGUCCCAUAGAUGCUCAGCGUUUGCCAGAUGCUGAUUUUAGUUCCAGUGAUGAUGUAAGUGGUAGGAGUAGUUUGAGCAUGGAUUACAAUGCUACAAGAGAAUCAAGAGCAGAGCUCAAAUUGUCUCCUCGUAGAAGCUCUUAUCCACAUAGUCAAGAUAGCAAGGAUGACUACGAGUCUCGAACUCAAACUGCAAGCAGCCUGAGCAGUCCAAUCCACAAUCACGAAACUUCAGCCAUCAGUGCACUUCCUUUGAAGCCUACACUUCCCAAUAGGCCUUCGCCAUUUACUUCAAGAGGUCCUCGUCCUACUACCCAACAUUCCAACUCAAUGUUCCAAUCUGCCACCUCAGCAAUAAGGGAAAACAAAAGAGCAUCUGUUGUCUGGGAUCAAGAAGCUGGUCGCUAUGUCUCAGUAUCUGGAACUGCCAGAAUUGAGAGUAAUAUGGGUGCCCCUACAAGGAUGUCUCGGUUUCCAAUUGGUAAUACUUUCGCAGAAACUGGUGCGCAUGGGAGUACUGCUCAACCAAACAUGUCUGCUUCAGCGAUGCCUCCUAUCCCUCGACAUGAGAGAUUAACAUACACCGGGCAGUCUAUUUUCUUUGGAGGCCCUCUUAUUAAUACGCCCAUCAGAGAUACCAAGAGAAGUGAUGAACAUACAGGAACAAGGCCGGUAACUGAGAGAACAUCAAAUUCUAAUCGGGACACGGUAGAGAAGGGGCAAGCUGCAGGUUCCUUCCCAGUAUUUGCUCCAGGAGCAUUCCGGAAUCUUCCAUUUAAUAAGUGAUUUCAUCCUAUCCUGCUUUGUUAACCCAAAUGGCUUAUCCCAAAUUGCUUUCGAGUGUUUCAGGGAGGCAAUGGAUGAUUGUUCGGUAGAAGUUAUGCUGGUUCAUGCAGAACCAUAGCUUGGCUGCAAGGUUCCUCCAUUUCGAUUGACUUUUAUCUGUUAUUUUGCCGCUCAUCACGUAAUCUAAAUAGGCAGCAGGUAUAACUUUCUCUAACGAUGAGGUCCCGCUGGUGUAUAUAUACUUUGGAUUAUGUUCCUGCUGGUAGCAACUGCAUAGAAAACUAAAUGGAACGUAGGAAUUAGAUUAUUA